UGAGGAGAAGACGAUAACAUUGAGUCACCUUGCUGCAUUGUGAACCUCUGGCAGCCCAGAGGCAGGAUUCAGCAGCAGAGAAUCCACUGCAGAUCUGCGCUGGACUGCGCAGCAACUGCAUGUGUGUGGUAUUAUCUGGACUCCAUGGAAAAAAGUCUUCGGAGUGGGGAGAAACGGGGAGGGGGGCACUAGCCGAGCCGGAGAAGAGGGAUCAUGGCGGCACCUCUCGGACGGGACACUCUACCUGACCACUGGUCGUACGGAGUUUGCAGAGAUGGACGGGUCUUCUUUAUUAACGAUAAAACUCGUAGCACUACUUGGCUACAUCCACGCACCGGCGAGCCUGUUAACUCUGGACACAUGAUACGAUCAGAUUUGCCGAGAGGAUGGGAAGAGGGCUUCACGGAAGAAGGAGCCAGUUACUUCAUCAACCAUAAUCUGAGGAGCACGUCGUUUCGGCAUCCUGUGACUGGACAGAUUUCACCUGAAAACAUAGAGUACACCUUACAAGACAGGAUAGAGUCCCGCAUGUCCAAGCUAACGGCCAAUCAGAGGUCACCCAGCAUGGUCACAGAGUCCUCCAGGGCCGUGACCCAAGCUGCAGUGGAUGUUGCCUCAGGAUCAAAGACCUCUAGAGGAAGCGGGAAGGUGCACAGCUUUGGCAAGAGGGAUCACGCUAUUAAAAGAAACCUCAACAUCCCAGUGGUAGUAAGGGGCUGGCUCUACAAACAGGACAGCUCUGGAAUGCGGCUGUGGAAACGGAAAUGGUUUGUUUUGUCGGACUACUGCUUGUUUUACUACAAAGACAGCCGAGAGGAAACGGUGCUGGGAAGCAUCCCUCUGCCCAGUUAUGUCAUUGCACCGGUGGAGCUAGAGGACCACAUAAACCGCAAAUAUGCCUUCAAGGCGGAACACUGCGGGAUGCGGACAUAUUUCUUCAGCGCGGACACACAGGAGGACAUGAAUGGUUGGAUCCGGGCCAUGAACCAGGCUGCGCUAAUGCAGCAGAGUCACACUAUAAAGAGAGAAUUGGAGAAGUCUGUUCAGCAAGCAGUCCCUCAGACCAACCAUGUCCACAAUGCUCAGAUCUCAUCCAAGUCAGACGGCACUCACAGGACAGACAGAGGAGAAGCUCAGGAUAACGGGAUCAGACUGGCUCACGGGGAUGAGGGGAGGUAUGGUUUGGAGAUCCAGGGAAAACCUAGCCAUGCAGCCCCACAAGAAAGAGUAGAGAGACUUUCACCAGACUCUGUCGGCGGCGGACCCCCCCACAAAAACGGACAGCAGACUGUGAUACAAGUGACUCUGCCAACAGAGCAAAAUGGAAGUGUUGUCUAUCAAAGGGGCAUUGUUUCACGGACUGACUCGGGGAAGCAUGUUCAGAGGAAAAAUACUCUGGCUCAGGUGGAGCAGUGGGUCAAAGUUCAUAAAAGUGACCCGACAAAGAGUGCUCCAUCCGUUGAGUACAACCUCCCUCGGCGGACUCCUCCUUUAAAGCCCAAAUCCAGCACAACGGAUGCUAAUUAUCAGUCACUACCAAAGUCCCCUCGCCUCCUGUCUGGCAGCAGCUCCCCUCCAACAACAUGCAACCUACCCAGUGACUAUAAGUACGCCCACGACCGGCUGAGCCACUUCCGCAUGUCCACCGACGAGCGAAUGGCCACGAAGGAAGGGAUGGUGUGGCAGCUGUAUGAGUGGCAGCAGCGGCAGCAGUUUCGUCACGGCAGCCCCACAGCUCCCAUUUAUACCGGCCCGAAUUUCACAGACUCCUCGUCCUUCAGGGUUACCGUGGAGAUGCCACGCUCCAUCUCUGUCCCACCGUCUCCGUGUGAAGUGCCACCAUCAGUCCCCUCCACUUUUAAACCUCUGUCCCCACGCAGGCCACACACGCCCUCAGACAGACGCACCGUCCGACCCUUAGACGAGCUGGGACUUGAAGACAGCACAAGAUCCAGCUCCCCUGGCAAUAUAUGUGCUCAUCUCUCUCAGACUUCCCAAAUAGAGAGAAGAUCCGUGCCAGCUAUGGGCUACAUCACACACACCGUCAGUGCUCCCAGUCUACAUGGCAAAACGCCAGAGGAGUUGACUCUGCUUCUCAUUCAACUGCGGAGGCACCAGGCCAAGAUGGCUGGUGUGCAUAGCCCCUGCAGUGCGUUCGCUCACCUGCAACACCACCAACACAACGGCCUUCUAGGCCCCAGCAUGCAGGCUGAUGAUACUUACAUACAACUGAAGAAGGACCUGGAGUAUCUAGAUCUGAAGGUCACUGGACAGGAGAGCUUAAAAAAAGGGAGAUCUUCAAGGCCUGUGAAAAUUGCAGAAAGCGACGCGGAUGUCAAACUAAGUCGACUUUGUGAACAGGACAAGAUUCUUCAGGAACUCGAAGCAAGGAUACGUAGUUUGAAGGAGGACAAGGACAAGUUGGAAUCUGUGCUGGAUGUUUCCCACCACCAGAUGGAGGAGUAUCGAGAUCAGCCGGCUCACGCUGAGAAAAUUGCCUAUCAGCAGAGAUUGUUGCAAGAGGAUGUGGUCCACAUCAGGGCUGAAAUAUCUCAAGUGUCCACCGAGAUGGAGAAUGCAUGGAAUGAGUAUACCCGACUGGAGAAAGAUGUGGACUGGCUGAAGUCAGCCCUGCAGGGACAGAUGAACCGCCAUGAUCUUUCCCAGCAGGAGAAAGUGCAGCUCAGAAAAGAACUGUGGAGGAUUGAGGAUGUUAUUGCAGGACUCUGCACCAAUAAAGCUAAUUACAAAGUCACAAUUGCUUCUGUUACCAACCCAGAGAGAAAAUUUGUGCCUUCAGUGCCAGUAUCAUCAGUGCCUUCUGUGUCUGGGAGCCAGACUGCUGUGGAGAUGAGAUUGUCCCAGCAGCAGCCGCAGCAGAGCCCCCACCUCAGCCAUGAACCCACGCUUACCUCCAGUUUCAGCCAACAGCCAUUACAACACUCUGCUACCAUCUUCAGUGGCUUCAAAUGGUGUGAAGAAGAUGUGCCUCCCAGACCUCCUCUACCUCAGCUCUACAGUCCAGAGGAGCAUCCUCCCGCAGUGCCGCCAUUGCCCCGGGAGACGACAGUCAUCAGACACACCUCCGUGCGUGGCCUCAAGCGACAGUCUGACGAACGCAAAAGGGAUCGAGAGAUUGGCCAGUACACAAAUGGGGACAGUAAAGUGGAACUGCGGCCUUUUCUGAGUGAUCCGGAGCUCAUAGGAGCCGGAGAUGGCUGCAGUGUUGUAGCAUCUGGCCGAGAUGGAGGUUACCAGACGUUACCAAGCAGAGGGGCAGCUAGCUCCUCACUGAGGGUGAAUCAGUCUUCGAGCAUCUCCUCAUAUGUGACUAUUCGAAGAUCUACUUCAGCUGCUGGUGUGACGGAGAAACCAAAAAGUGCCUUGGAGCGCCUGUACUCGGGGGACAAGGUGCAGCAUCAGCAGAGGGGGAAGAUGAGUGCCGAUGAGCAGCUAGAGAGGAUGAAGAGGCACCAGAAGGCCCUUGUCCGCCAGCGCAAACGCACCCUGAGUCACGGAGACCGACAUGCAUCUCCGACGUCGCGUGGUUCUUCUUCGUCGCGCCCGCUCUCGGCAGACUUUGGAUCAUGGAAGAGGGAGCAGGAGUUUGACCUGCAGUUACUGGAGAGGGCCGUUCAGGGGGAGGAGGCUCAGGCAGUUAGGAGUGUCCAGGGGGAGGAAAGACCCCCUGAGCAUAAAGAGAGACCCCGCUCGCAGUCUGACGAAUGGCUGACAUUCCACUCCACGGCCACAACCCCUCCCACGCAUGAGGUCGACCUGGAGCCGCUGGAGUAUGACCUGGACCUAAGCAAAGAGUUGUGCAAGCCUCAGAAAGUGUUGAUCCCAGAGCGCUAUGUGGAUUCAGAGCCUGAGGAUCCACUCAGUCCUCAAGAAGUGGAAGAACGUCAUCGGAAGGUGGAGCGUAUCAAAAGCAUUUUGGCAAAGUCAAGCGUGCAAAACAUAACCCCAGGAGUGUCUGUGGAGAAACCCGAGGUGGGUCAGGUGGCGCUCGACUCUGCUCUGCAGGAGCAGGAGAGGAUCAUCACCAUGUCCUACGCUCUGGCCUCGGAGGCUUCCCUGAAGAGCAAACUUGUGGCAGUUCCACCACAGGUUAACUUGCCCACCCCUCCUCCCCCGCCCCUUCCUCCUCCGCUGCCUCCUCCUCCUCCUCCGCCUCCUCCUCUUCCUACUGUAUCCGUGGCGCCUCCCUCUCCUCUAAACAACGGGAUUCACUACACUUUUGUCUAACGUGAAAAAAACAAAACAAAAACAAACUCAAGCGAUAUCUGGACACUGAGGUGCUACUUCACAAACAAAUGGCUGACUUCUCCAAGAAGAGAGGACAUUCUUUUAUUUUGGACACCUUUAAAUGCAGCAAUGGGAAAAAAACAAACAAAAAAACACAAUGGUACAGUGAGGCUUACUCAGGACUCACUCUUCUAGUGUGUUUCUUGCUGUUGAAAGUGUUUUCUGGAAUCAGGCUGAAGCUACGAGAGCUGAUGUGCUUAUUAACUAUGAAAGUGUAUAAGAUAUGUUAAACUCAUAAAUAAUGAGUAUUUUCUACAAUGUAUUGCUCUUUUUCUGUUGUACAUUGUUUCAUCCUCUUACAAUUAUAUUUCUCUCUCUCUGGUCAUUGAAUCCAAAAAAUUUUUGACCAGCUAGAGAACGUUUAAAAGAAAACCUGUCGAAAUGCAUAAUAAAAAUAGUAUUUUUCUGUCAUUAAUAUUCUUACACCAAGCUAUAUGAGAUCUUCUUUCUGUGUGUACAGUACAGGUAGCACUGCCAGUCUUCCUUAGGCUUAUUUUUGCUUAUGUCAGGAUGAAAACCUUUAAUGUAUUUUUUUGUGGGAAGAUUGAACGAGUGAGAUUUAUAAAGGUGUGAAUAUUAAAGAUCUUAACACAGCA